AUGACCCGUUCCAUCCAGCUUCCCGACGAGAUCAUCUCCGAGAUAAUCACGCCUGCUCUGCAUCUCGACGACGGUGCAUUCUCGUCAAUGGAGAGAUAUUCGCCUUUCCUGUUCGAAGAGUCGAGUUCGGCGUAUUUGCUCGUCUGCAAGAGCUGGCUUCGAGUGGCCACACCGCUGCUAUACCACACCGUGGUUCUCAGGUCCAUUGCGCAGGCUCAGUCCCUGGCUAUCACGCUCACGUCGAAUCCGGAUUUGGGUCGUUUCAUCAAGAAGUUGCGUGUCGAGGGUGGAUUCGGUUCGUGGAUGAAGACAGUGCUGGAGAACUCGAAACAUCUCACCGAUAUAUGGCUUAUCAUCUGCUGCUUGGAAGAUUGCGAGGAUGUAUCGGGGCUUCGCUGCGGGUUGCGAUACAUCAACCCUGUCCGUCUUAUCCUUUUUCACUGCUCCCGAGCAUAUCACGGGGAUACUGCCACCCAUGUAUCACUCUUGGGGAGCUUCAAAACAGCACUCAAAGGCUGGAAGAGACUUGUAUUAUUCAUGAUCGGGGUCUUUGUCGUUCUCACUGACAUGAAAUUCCAGAACAUUCUUACCCUCGAUCACGAUGCAAUCAAACCUCACAGGCAGCGGUCGACUGAUGACGAAGAAAUUUUCCAGCAGCUUUGCUCUGCAUCGUCUCUUCAUUCGGUAUACAUCUUUCUAUCCGGGUUGCAGGUCGUUAUGAGCCCGCGGCUGAUUCUCCUUGGUCGCAAUCAAAGCCUCAGGAGAAUCCGCUUCAUCAGGCCUUCGCAUCAUCAGCAUUUCCUGUUGACGCGAUCCUUCUAUGCGAAGAUAGAGGCACAAGGCAUGAACCACUUGUUCGACCCUGAAGACUUUGUUCAGGCGACCGAGCUCCAUUCUGGGAAUCCUAUGUUUGUGUAUCCAACACGGCUCUCAUCCGAUCCUAUCCUGGAAGAUGCCAUCUGGGACAGAGUGCUUUAUUUUCUCUACGACAUGCUACCAUUUGCCGCAGCACUGAGUGAACCGCGGCGGAAGGAGAAGCGAUAUCUGAACCCGCUUUUGGUCUGUAAAAAAUUCGCGCGUCUGUCCCUUCCUCAUCUGUUCUCCCGCCCGUCGCUUCGCAGCAAGUCCAUGACCGCGCAGUUUUUGGCGGGUCUUGCGGCGCACCCUUCUUGUGGCCAGCACAUUGUCGAUUUCACCCUUAGCGAUCCGAGCCACGCUCCCUCCUUCAAGAAGCUCUUAUCAAUGAUGCCCAAUCUCAUCUCUCUGAAAGGACACGACAGCGGCUGCAAAUCGGUCCCGUUUCCUGGUUUCACGAGCCUCGUCCAGUCGCACGGUGCCACGCUUAUCGCAUUCCAAGGAAUGCCUGUAGGAAAAGCCAGCGCUCCUGCGGACCCAAAGAUCUUUGCAUCCUGGAAACUACUGCAAUCCUUGGACUGGCGCUCUCAGACAGUUUUCAGGUCGUCCAAAGUCCCGAGUAACGGACUGGCGAACCUGGUUGAAUUAAGUGUGAGCGCUGAAACGCCCACCUUCCUAAAAGCCUUGUGCGCCAUGGAGUUGCCUGCACUGCGCAUUCUACGGUGUAGUGCGGGGACACCACCCGGAAAUGGCCUCGAGUUUAUCGACAAACAUGGCUCCAAGCUCGAGUAUCUCGCGGCCUCGAUCAAUCAGCUGUCGGUACACGUCUUGCGUAUCUUUACUGCUUGUCCGGCCAUUCGCCAGCUCGGCGUCUCCUGCGACGGCAAGAACCACUUCUGGCUCGAUUGGUUUCUCAAAUCCAAGGGCCACAAAUAUCUUCAAAGGCUCGUCAUCCAUCUACCAGAUGACUACGAUAGUUAUGGCAUGAAACAUUACGAAUACUCCUCCCUGAAAGUGGAUAUCCUAAUCGGAUUGGCCCAGUCUAAACGCAGUGGUCUCUUCCCUGAAUUACAAGAGUUCGAACAUCCUCACAUCUUUUGGCCUGCCAACGAAGAUGAGCGUGCGAGAUUCCGAAGAGACUGGACCAGUAUUGCUGGGUCACUUUCCAAAGAUGACAUUCACCUCGUCGGGACCGCCAGAAUUAGAUGGAGACCGAGGAGAGCGUUUGAUUGGAAUGUUUCCGACCCGUCGAUUGGCCCAAAAAGAAAGAAGAAAGCCUAGCCACUAUCUAUGCAUACUAUACCUGCUUAACUUCUCAAUUGCUUGCCGCUGAUCUACGGAAUACAAGGAUAUCACACGUUCUCGAUAAGAAACAGACACGAGGUCUGACCAUCCCCAGUGACCGUCACUG